AUGGAGAAGGAGGCGGGAUUUGGGUUGGCAAAGGAAGUGGGAGCAGCUCCUUCCUCACUUAUUUUCAUUUUCUCCCCCACUGCCUCUCAUUGUGGAAGGAACUCUUUGGUGUAUCCUUAUGACUUCAGAUUAACAGAAAAAGAGAAAACUAGUAUCUGCUACUUGUCCUUCCCAGACUCCUACUCAGGUGGCCUGGGGGAUACUCAGUUUAGCUUCCGCCUUCGUCAGUCUGGGGGACAGAGGACCGCUCAUUAUGAGGAUGAUGGCGAGUACAAUAGAGAAGCGCCCCUAACACUACAGCGGGAGUCAGCUCAUUACUUUGGUUAUGUAUACUUCAGGCAAGUCAAGGACAGCUCAAUGAAGAGAGGUUAUUUUCAGAAGUCUUUGGUGCUAGUGUCGCGCCUUCCAUAUGUGAACUUGUUCCAGUCAUUGCUGCAACUGAUUGCACCGGAAUACUUUGAUAAGCUGGAGCCGUGCUUGGAGGCAGUGUGCAAUGAGAUUGAUCAGUGGCCGCCUCCUGUGCCAGGGCAGACUUUGAACCUUCCAGUGAUGGGAGUUGUAAUUCAGGUGAGAAUCCCAUCCAGGGUGGAUAAGCCAGGAUCAAGCCCACUGAAGCAAUUUAAUCAAGAGAAUCUGUUACCAGCCCCACUGGUUCUCCCCAGUAUUCAUGAACUGGAUCUUUUCAGAUGUUUCCAGCCAGUGUUAAUUCAUAUCCAGAUGUUAUGGGAGCUGAUGUUACUAGGAGAGCCAAUUGUUGUAAUGGCACCAUCCCCGACAAUUUCUUCGGAAAUGGUUCUGGCACUUACCAGCUGUCUUGCUCCACUGAAGUACUGUUGUGACUACCGUCCCUAUUUCACUAUCCAUGAUAGUGAAUUUAAAGAGUACACCACCAGGACACAAGCUCCGCCAAACAUCGUUGUGGGAGUCACAAACCCUUUCUUCAUCAAAACACUCCAGCACUGGCCACACAUUCUUCGGGUUGGAGAGCUCAGAAUGUCAGGAGACCUGCCCAAGCAAGUUAAGGUGAAGAAGCUAACCAAACUAAAAACUCUAGACACAAAACCAGGAAUCUACACCUCUUAUAAAACUUUUCUUCACAAAGACAAAACGCUGAUAAAAAGAUUAUUAAAGGGGAUUCAGCGGAAACGCCCGUCUGAAGUCCAAAGCGCCCUUUUGAGGCGUCACCUCCUGGAGCUCACCCAGAGUUUCAUUAUUCCACUGGAGCAUUAUAUUGCAAGUCUGAUGCCCCUGCAGAGAGCCAUUACUCCAUGGAAGAAUCCCCCGCAGAUUCGUCCGUUCCGACAGGAAGAUUUCAUGAAGACCCUUGAGCAUGCUGGUCCCCAACUUACCUGUGUACUUAAAGGUGACUGGUUAGGCCUCUACAGGCGUUUUUUCAAGUCUCCCAACUUUGAUGGCUGGUACCGUCAGAGGCACAAGGAAAUGACCCAGAAACUGGAAGCCCUUCACUUGGAAGCAAUCUGUGAAGCGAACAUUGUGGCCUGGAUGAAGGACAAGUCGGAGGUGGAGAUUGUAGACCUGGUGCUAAAACUACGUGAGAAGCUGGUAAGAGCCAGGUGCCAGCAUCUCCCUGUGAAGGAGGAAACUCUUCAGAGGGUGGGCCUUUAUAUUGAGACCAUCAUUGGCUCAUUGCCAGAGGAUCUCCAGACAGUGCUGCAUCACCACUGAGCAAAAUGAGGGGACUCUACUGGAGAAGGAAGGGCCCUCCCACCUUAUUCCAAGUGUGGACAGCCACAGUUGCAUUUGGAAAGGAAACUUCUCUGACAUCCAGCUGACAUCAGCUGAUCUGAAUUUUGCUCGUAAACGUGUAUGAUUUUGAACACGUGAGCAUGUAGAUCAGAGCUGUAGCAGAAAUGGCGAACCAUGUGCACUUUUUUCUGCCCAGUCCUGCUUUGAGGAACUGGGUUAGGGAUCCGUAAAUGAACAACCGUUCCCUGUGUAGCCACACAGGGAGUAGUAUGUCCGAAAGUGGCAGGCAGGCUUCCAGCAGCAUGUGAUAGGCCGUUUGUUGCCCAUGUA